AUGUGUGCUACACGGUCUGCUGCUCGUGAAUCUGAUUCAGAUUCGAGGGAUUUCAGAAUUUUCAGUGUCAAGAGACUUUCAUACUUUAAGAUACCACCUGAAUUUAGAGAGGGUAGAUGUCGUAGUGUUGCUGAAUUUGAAAAGCUAAACCGCAUCGGUGAAGGGACAUAUGGUAUUGUCUACCGUGCUCGUGAUACUGUAUCAAAAGAGGUGGUGGCUCUGAAGAAAGUUCGAAUGGAAAAUGUUCGAGAUGGUAUCCCUAUUAGCAGUUUACGCGAAAUCACUUUGUUGCUAAGUAUAAAGCACCCAAAUGUUGUUCACUUGAGAGAAGUCGUCGUUGGGAGGAGCUUGGAUAGCAUCUUCCUUGUUAUGGAGUAUUGUGAACAGGAUAUGGCAAGUUUACUUGAUAACAUGCCUAAUCCUUUCACCGAGUCUCAAGUUAAAUGUAUCAUGCUUCAGAUUUUUAAAGGUCUGAGAUACCUUCAUGAAAACUUUAUCAUUCACAGGGACUUGAAAGUCUCCAACCUGUUAAUGAAUGACAAGGGUCUUGUCAAAAUAGCGGACUUUGGACUGUCACGCCCUACUCAUUCCCAUAAUCCCAUGACUCCUUGCGUUGUUACAUUAUGGUACCGAGCACCGGAAAUUUUACUUGGCGAUAAGAACCAAACUAAAGCUGUUGAUAUAUGGUCAGCUGGCUGUAUUAUGGGUGAGCUUUUAUUACACAAACCACUUCUUCCUGGGAAGACAGAGGUUCACCAACUGGAGUUAAUUAUUGAUUUACUGGGCACUCCAAACGAUCAAAUUUGGCCGAAUCUUUCCAAAUUACCAGCAUUAGAAAAGAUAAAUCUGAAAAAGCAACCGUACAAUAAUUUGCGUCAUACUUUCCCAUGGUUAUCAGAUGCUGGUUUGCGUUUACUGAACUUUCUGUUCAUGUAUGAUCCAUCUAAACGCGCUCGGGCUCGUGAGUGCUGUCAGAGUUCUUAUUUCCGUGAACAUCCUUUACCAUGCGAACCUGAUAUGAUGCCAUCUUUCCCUCAACAUCGAUUGAAGCGUAAGAAUUCUCCUGGUGAAUAUGAUAAUAAAAGUGCUAAUCCAGCUCAAGAUCAAGCUGCUGGAUUAUUUGAUGCUGCCUUCGAUAGAAUCGUGAAGAAACGUCGAGCUUAA